AUGAAUUCGGAUAUGUCCGUCGAAGUGAAAGGUCUCAGGCUCCCGCACAAAACCAAGGUCUUCCUCAAACUGAAGGCUCAAGACUAUGGUGGGAAUAAUCUAAAAUACAGGGUUGAGGAUAGUCGAACGAUUUUUUGGGAAGAAGGUAUGAAUUGCGAGCAAAAUGGACAUAAUCCAGGUAAACGCGAGUUCUCCAGAUUCCAAUUUGAUGAAGUAUUCGAUACUGAUUCUGAUGAAAAAAUAGUAACAGACGCCAUCACACAACCUAGUGUUGAAAACCUUUUAAAUGGUUAUAAUGUUUCUAUAAUGUCCUACGGGCAAAGCACCAUAGGUAAAAGCACUCUUUUGCUUGGAAAUCAAUACUUUGAGGGGAUGUUCUCGACGAUUUGUACGGAACUCUUUCGCAAAAUUGAAGAAAUGACUAAAAAAGGAUCAGACUUUACUAUAAGCACAUCAUUCAUGGAAGUCUUUGCUGAAAACAUUUACGAUCUAUUGAUUGAUUCAAAAUCUGCGAAAAGCCUUAAACUUUCAACCAGCUCAGGGCCUUCUUCGCCAGUCAUUGUCAAGAAUUUGAAAUCGGUGUAUGUUGCUACGUCAGAUGAGUUGAUGUACUAUAUGUCACUGGCCAGAAACAAUUCGAAAGAAGACCAUAGGCAAAGAUCCAGCGUUAUCGUAAUAAUACAUGUGAAGCAGAAAAAUGAGGAGGAGGGCAUUCUUAAAGAAAGUUCACUUCAUUUGAUUGAUCUUGCUGGUUCUGAUAAGCUGGAUAAAUCUAGCAAAUCAAGUUACUCUUCAGAGGUGAUUCGGAAAAUAAACUUAUCUAUGUAUUCGCUGGAUAAUGUAGCUCGAUCUUUGGCAGCGGUACGGAGGACAACGAAAAGCAGUGGUUUGGCUUUGCAAACUCUCAAAAAUGUGCCAUAUCAGGACUCGCAAUUGACCAGAUUAUUGCGAGAAACUAUGGGUGGCAACAGUAAGACGACCGUGGUAUUGACAUGCUCUGCAGCAGAGAAGGAUAGGGAAGAGAGCUUAAGCACGUUAGAUUUCGGUGCUAAUAUGACAAUGGUAGAAAAUUCAGUCUGUCAGAAUGUAUCAGGAAUAAAUGCAAAGAGCGUGCUGGAUCUGUGCGUAAAGAAUAUGUCAAUAAAAGAAUCGAACUAUAUUUCGCGUAUUCGUAUUUUAGAAAGAGAGUUGGUUAAUAUGAACAGCAAAAUACGAACGCACACAAAGUCUGAGACGGCUGAUAGAGAGAUUUUGCGAAAAGAGAACAGCACUUUAAAAUUGCAAAUAGACUCAUUAACACAAUUGCUGAAGAACAAUGACUUUCGCAAGGGCAAUGCAUCGGAAAACAUGAAAGAGCAAUCAGAUAUUAUGGCCACUAUUAUGGAAAAGUGCGAGAAAAUAAUGGAUCUACAGCUUCGACUAGAUAAUGAAACGGCCAAACAACGUGCUCUUUCUCAAGAGAUGAGCUUCAAAUCAUCAAAACAAGAGGCUUUGGAAGCCAUGAAUUUAAGGUUAUUGGAGCAACUUCAGGCAAAUGAGGAGGAACUGAAAACAAUGCUUGUGACCAAUUCUGUCAUGAAAGACUCGAUAGAAAAAUGGUCGAUGCUUGCCAACACAAGAUUGGACAAUAUAAAGAUGAUGGAAAGGUUGAUGAAGGAGAAUGCUUUAUUCAAACAAUAUGCACAGGGUAAAAGGCGAUCUUCGGGAUCUUCUUCGGGAAGCACGAUGGUACAACUAGAUGAAGACAAUAAUAUGGAAAAGGGCUCGUGGUUUUUCAAUAACUCAAGUUCUGGUUUAUGGGCCAGCAGAAAAGCCCCAUCCACUAAUAACGGAAUCACGGCAGCAUUGCAGGAAUCCCUUAAAAUAAGGCCCGCCAAAACAGGGCUUAAUUUGCGAGUAGUAAGGCCAGCCGAAGAAACAGAAAAUAAUGUUUGA